UGCUAUCACAAUCUCAUAACAUUUGCAUGCAGCCAUAUAAAGUUCAAUCCGCGGCAGCGCGGCACAGAGGCUUCCCUUCCCACAUCUUAGAUAUUUUUUGAGCGGCUUCAUUGCUCUCUUUCCAGCCUCUCUUUGAAUAUGGCGACCCAGAUGAGUAAGAAGAGAAAGUUCGUAGCCGAUGGAGUGUUUUUUGCCGAGUUAAACGAGGUUUUGACCCGAGAGUUGGCAGAGGAUGGGUACUCCGGUGUCGAGGUUAGAGUUACUCCUAUGCGCACUGAGAUCAUCAUCCGAGCCACCCGCACCCAAAACGUUCUCGGUGAAAAAGGUAGGAGGAUUAGGGAGCUAACCUCUGUUGUGCAGAAGCGGUUCAAGUUUCCGGAGAACAGUGUUGAGCUUUAUGCCGAGAAAGUUAACAAUAGAGGGCUUUGUGCCAUUGCCCAAGCCGAGUCACUUCGUUAUAAGCUACUUGGUGGCCUUGCUGUUCGUAGGGCAUGCUAUGGUGUUCUGAGAUUCGUCAUGGAAAGUGGAGCGAAGGGUUGUGAGGUGAUUGUUAGUGGAAAACUCAGGGCACAGCGUGCAAAAUCUAUGAAGUUCAAAGAUGGAUAUAUGAUCUCUUCGGGUCAACCAGUCAGAGAUUAUAUUGACUCGGCUGUUAGACAUGUUCUUCUCAGACAGGGAGUUCUUGGUAUUAAAGUUAAGAUCAUGCUUGAUUGGGAUCCUAAGGGCAAGCAAGGCCCUACCACCCCUCUUCCUGAUGUCGUCACAAUCCACUCUCCCAAGGAGGAAGAAGAAAUCGUCCAUAGACCACCAGCAGUUUUGACCGCUGAUAUUGAGGUUCCAGUAGCAGUACCACCAGUACCAGUAGCUUGAGAGGGCUCUAUUCUAGAUAUUAAUGUAUGGAAUCAAUCAUCGUCCAUUUUGUACUUUCUUUCCCAAAGAUUUCGUUAUGUCUCAGUGAUCUGUUGGUUUGGGCCUCCCGACUGCAGAGCGUUCUUUUUGAUAAUCGAACAAAAUGCAUAUGGAGAACAGUCUUUUUGAGAUAUUAAUUUUCAAUUUUUGCCUAAUGAUUAUUUAUUCUGAACCCUGUUUGAACUAAA